AUGCCAACUCACCAACCUCCUGUCGGUGAAAUUAGUCCGAACCCCAUACAGCCGGCUCCCACAACAUCAGUCGACAUCCGCAUACCGUAUCUGACUUUCCACCCCAACUUCCGACAACUGGGACCUCCGAAAUAUACCGACCAUCACUUCCGUCACAAUUCGACCAAUUCCGGCAUCUGUCACAUGAGAUUCAUCCUUCUCAAUCACAUUCCGGCUACUCUGCCAUCGCAUCUACCAUUUUCCAUUAUAUUCCAGCAACAGAGACCCAAGCUCCAUACCUAA